AUGCAGAAUCAAACCUCAGUGGCUGAAUUCUUCCUAGUGGGUCUCUCCAGGAGCCUGAAGGUCCGUCUCAUUCUCUUUGGAUUGUUUUCUGUGGUCUACACCAUCACGCUGGCAGGCAACACAAUCAUACUAAUGCUUAUUUGGUUGGAUUCUCGACUACAUACUCCCAUGUAUUUUUUUCUGAGCCACCUCUCCUGUGUGGACAUCUGCUAUACCUCUAGCACCAUCCCCCAGAUGCUGGUCAACCUCCAGCACCCGAGACAAACCAUCUCGACAAUUGGUUGCAUCGUUCAGAUGCAUGUUUUUCUCAGCUUGGCUAUCACUGAAUGCAUUCUGCUUGCCGUAAUGGCUUACGACAGGUAUGUGGCAAUAUGCCAGCCCUUGCACUACACAUUCCUCAUGAACCCGAGAGCGUGCUUCACACUAGCUCUAACAUCCUGGGCCUGUGGCUUUUUGUUGCCCGUGUUACACACUUCCCUCACCUGGAGUCUGCCAUUCUGUGGUCCCAAUCUGAUCGACCACUUCUUCUGUGAAAUGCCGGCAGUGCUGAAGCUGGCAUGUGCUGAUACUAACAUUAUUGAAAAUGUCACUUUACUGGGGUGCAUUUUCACCUUGAUCACUCCCACCUCCUUUAUCAUGAUGACUUAUGUCCGCAUCCUGAGAGCUAUCUCCAAAACAAAAUCAGCACACAGUCGGGGCAAAGCAUUCUCCACGUGCGGCUCCCAUAUUACUGUGGUGGUGCUCUUCUAUGGCAGCGCCAUGUUUAUGUACAUGAGACCCUCAUCCAGUCACUCACCAGAACAGGACAAAAUAGUCUCUCUCUUCUAUAGCAUCAUCAUCCCCAUGUUCAAUCCUUUGAUAUACAGUCUGAGGAACAAGGAAGUGAAGGAAGCUUUGAUAAAAACACUGCAGCAUUGCAGAGCUUCUGCAAUGUGA